GUUCGAUUUGUCCACCACUCCAAGCACAAUGAAGUUCACCAUCGUUUUCCUGCUGCUGGCCUGCGUUUUUGCCAUGGCUGUGGCCACUCCCGGCAAGCCUCGCCCAUACAGCCCACGCCCCACCUCCCAUCCCCGCCCCAUUCGAGUGAGGCGCGAGGCACUGGCCAUCGAGGAUCACCUGGCUCAAGCCGCCAUCAGGCCACCACCCAUUCUGCCCGCCUAAAGAUGUGUGGAUCCCGCGGAUAAAUCUUAAAUGAUCAUCCGAUCAAAUUUGUUGUGAAUUUUUUCUUCUUAAAAAUUGUGAAUUUUUCACUUUCGGCAAACAGUAAAUAAUAAACACACGAAAGACAGCAA